AUGUUCGCUGUGACUCUCCUAUCGAGUUGCGCCACAAUUAUGGUCGUCCAACUGUUUCCAGUCGCGCCACUACUUCACCACUACCCAAAUCAGCUGUGCUGCGAGCCCACCCGAGUCCUUAUAGUAGUGAAGACAUACCCCAGCCACAAGCCACUCAGACAAGCCAUCCGGGAGACCGUGGCCAGCAAAUCUGUGACAUCCGCGCUUCCCUGGAGAGUCCUCUUCUACAUGGGACACACAGAGGACAAGAAGAUGUCGACCUUCCUGCGGAAGGAGACGAGGAAAGGAGACGUCCUUAUCGCCCCGUACAGCGCAGAGUCGUCCAACAUUAUCCCGAUCUUCAUCGAGGCAGCACGAUGGAUCGUCGAAAAUUGCAGCCCGCGGCUGGAGUACGUUGUCCACAUCAACGAUACGACGUUUCCCGAUCUGCUCGGUCUGCACGAGUACAUCGGCAAGCUCGACGAAACGGACAGAUACUUCCACUGCGACGACCAACAUUUCGUUCCGGUCCGGAGGCGUCCUGGAGACAGAUUUUAUGUCCCUGAAACGCUUUACAGAGAUGCGUUCCUCCCAGCGCACUGUGAGCCAGAUACCUUUCUGGUUAAGUCCGGAUACCUGAAGGCGUUGGUGCUCGCUUCAGAGGUGAUACCGCAGUAUCCUCUCUUCGGUCCCUACGUCACGGGACACCUGACCGUGCUGGCCAGGCUUGGGCAUAUAGAUAUCUCCAAGAGGAUGGAACUGGUAUCCGUUCACCCUGACUGGGACAGUUGCGCACUGUUUGUGUCUGGACUCGUAAAUGCGUCUUUGUGGAAGCAAUACUGGUUCAAUAGGUUGUUAGAACAUCGUCAUGUGACGAAUGUUACGGCCAUUCUGGCAAGAAAAAUGUUAACAAGUACGUAA